CGCGGGGCGGGGCGGGCGCUGCGGCGGGGUCGGGCGCGAGGAGGCGCGGCCGCUGCCUCCGCCGCCACCUGAGGGAAGGAGCGGGGCCGCGGCGGCGGGACUUCGCGCUGAGGUUACCUAACAAAAGAAGAAAGUAACUCGACUGCUGUUCUGUCACAAUGGGGUCAGUUGUGUGGGAAUGUGGUUAAACAUUUUAAUACCUUAACCUAAUACAUGCUACAUAAUCCUGAGAAAAGAAAGGGCAAGAUUUCUCACACGCCUGUCUCAAAUACAUCAUCUUCUGGACUGAGCUAAGAAUGUUGUAUACAAAGAGUAUUCCAGUUUUGAAGAACCUUAAACAAGGACUGAAAAUAUUGCUGUUGAAGUGAAAUCUGAGGGUACAUGAGGAGUUGAAAGAGCUUUCUGACUGGGCUCAAUAACUGGCCCCAUUCCCAGUGUGGAAGGAUGGCUGUUAGCUGGAUGUUCUGUUACCUUUGGCUUUUGGAUGUUUUGGUGAGGCACACAAGAGGGCACAGUUUAUUUUCUUGUGAGCCCAUCAUCCUGCGGAUGUGCCAGGAUCUGCCUUACAAUACCACCUUUAUGCCUAAUCUUCUGAAUCAUUAUGACCAGCAAACAGCAGCAUUAGCGAUGGAGCCAUUUCAUCCAAUGGUGAAUUUGGAAUGCUCGAGAGAUUUUCGACCAUUUCUGUGUGCCCUCUAUGCUCCUGUGUGCAUGGAGUACGGCCGUGUCACUCUCCCCUGUCGCAGACUCUGUCAAAGAGCAUACAGCGAGUGUUCCAAACUCAUGGAGAUGUUUGGGGUCUCUUGGCCUGAGGAUAUGGAGUGCACCAGAUUCCCAGAUUGUGAUGAGCCAUAUCCUCGUCUUGUUGACCUCAAUUUAGCUGGGGAGCCCACAGAAGAGGCUCCAAUGGCAGUACAGAGGGAUUAUGGCUUUUGGUGUCCUCGGGAGUUGAAAAUAGACCCUGAUCUGGGUUACUCUUUCCUGAGGGUACGGGACUGUUCCCCUCCUUGCCCCAAUAUGUACUUUCGGCGUGAAGAGCUCUCCUUUGCUCGCUACUUCAUCGGAGUGAUCUCCAUCGUCUGCCUUUCUGCUACCUUGUUUACUUUUUUAACUUUUCUGAUCGAUGUCACAAGAUUUCGCUAUCCAGAAAGACCGAUAAUAUUUUAUGCUGUCUGUUACAUGAUGGUGUCAUUAAUUUUCUUCAUUGGCUUUCUGCUUGAAGACCGAGUAGCGUGUAACGCAUCUAGCCCUGCCCAGUACAAGGCUUCCACAGUGACACAGGGCUCUCACAACAAAGCUUGCACCAUGCUAUUCAUGGUGCUCUAUUUCUUUACCAUGGCUGGCAGUGUUUGGUGGGUCAUUCUGACCAUCACAUGGUUCUUGGCAGCUGUGCCAAAAUGGGGCAGCGAAGCAAUCGAGAAGAAAGCGUUGCUCUUCCAUGCCAGUGCCUGGGGCAUUCCAGGAACUCUAACCAUCAUCCUCUUAGCAAUGAAUAAAAUUGAAGGUGACAAUAUUAGCGGCGUAUGUUUUGUUGGCCUCUAUGAUGUGGAUGCAUUAAGAUACUUUGUACUUGCACCUCUCUGCCUGUAUGUUGUUGUUGGAGUUUCCCUUCUGCUAGCUGGCAUUAUCUCCCUCAACCGGGUUCGCAUUGAAAUCCCAUUAGAAAAAGAGAACCAGGACAAACUAGUGAAGUUCAUGAUCCGGAUUGGCGUGUUCAGUGUUUUGUACCUCGUGCCGCUGUUGGUUGUAAUUGGCUGCUAUUUCUAUGAGCAGGCUUAUCGAGGUGUGUGGGAGACGACAUGGAUUCAAGAACGCUGCAGAGAAUAUCACAUCCCAUGUCCCUAUCAGGUCACUCAGAUGAGUCGUCCAGAUUUGAUUCUCUUUCUUAUGAAGUAUCUCAUGGCUUUGGUUGUUGGGAUACCCUCUGUCUUCUGGGUUGGAAGCAAAAAGACCUGUUUUGAGUGGGCUAGCUUUUUCCAUGGACGCAGGAAAAAAGAAGUUGUAAAUGAAAGUCGUCAAGUGCUGCAAGAGCCAGACUUUGCUCAGUCUCUUCUGAGAGACCCCAACACCCCCAUCAUCCGAAAGUCGAGAGGCACUUCUACCCAGGGCACCUCGACUCACGCCUCCUCUACCCAGCUGGCGAUGAUGGACGACCAAAGGAGCAAGGCAGGCAGUGUCCACAGCAAAGUGAGCAGCUACCACGGCAGCCUGCACCGAUCACGUGAUGGCCGGUACACUCCCUGCAGCUACAGAGGCGUAGAAGAAAGACUACCUCAUGGCAGCAUGUCACGACUGACUGAUCAUUCCAGGCAUAGCAGUUCUCAUCGGCUUAAUGAACAGUCACGUCACAGCAGCAUCAGGGAUCUCAGCAGCAACCCAAUGACACACAUCACGCACGGGACCAGCAUGAACCGUGUUAUUGAAGAGGAUGGCACCAGCGCAUGAGCUGCUUUUGUUGGAAAGGAGGAGCUGAAGUGGUUGCACGUCUUGCUGUCCCUUCCUCAGUGAUGUGAUAAUGCUCAGUAUUAUCAUGCCUCUCAUCAGGUGCUGAUUUUGUGCAUUGGGAAGCCGAAACUGGCUUCUUCGUGUUGAAGCCACUGCUCUUGUCCUUGCAUCAGAGCUAGAGUGUUCAGCAAUCAUGAAUUAUUGAGUAAAAAGCUGGUUGCCUCAUUUGAACUUAUCUGUAGGUAAUUAUUUAUUCGAUAACUGUUACUCAUCAGACACCAUUGCUGAAUUUCUUAUUCUUUGUUGAACAAAAAAUCUCCCCUUCCCUCCGAUGGCUCUGCAUGCCAGUAGGUGUUACCCUCGAGAACUCGCUGGCAGGGUCACGCUGAGAUUUUUUUCUUUUCAGGCAUGAGGGAACUCUUGAAUAUUGAAGGAAUUCCUCCGUGCACCUCUCUGAUUAGAUAACAAACUGAUACUUGUUCUCAUCGAGCACAGGGGGAGGGGACGCAUGCUAAAUGCUGUACAAAGGACAGCUGUGUGGACCGGCAGGCAUUUUUUAAUGAAUACACUGGAAAUGCAACACAGGAAUGAGCGUUUUGGAGAAGGAAAAGAAAGGAAACUCCACUGAGGAUCACCAGCUCUUACCAGAGCUGUUCAGGCUCAGUUGUUGGGAUGGGGAGGGAGGGUGGGGGAAGAGAGGCAGGGAAGAGUGAUUUUUUUAUAACAUGUAUUGUCCUUGCUUUUUUACAAAAGACUAUUUAAAUUUUCUACUUGUUUACAAUUUAUGUAGGAAGAGAUCAAUUUUAAAACCAGUUACCUAGAUAAUAUUCAGCCACUUAUUUUUUAGAUUAAUGUACAAAAGCUGAGAUCACUUGUUCCUGAUCUAUUUAAAAAAAAAAAAAAAAAAUAGAAAAGCUGAAUUUGUUGCCCAGACCGGACUGUACAGCCUUUUCCUUACAGACAGAACAAAGCCUGUUUACAAAGCCCAUAACCUGGGCGAGGAGGGCUGAGGCCAAAGCGGACAGGAGGAGUUCAAUCAGGGAUGGCCUGCCUUCCUCAUGGUGAUUUUGGGGGGAGGAUUCUCUUUGUGCUGAGCAAGCGGGGAGCAAGAAUUGAGAAAUGAGUGGGAGAAACGGAAGCAGGAGGUGCCCGCAAGUGGGGAAGGAGCAGGGCGCAGCAGCCAGAAACCCACCAUUGCUGUCCUGAGGGGAGGAGACAGGUGUCCACUGUAAAUGGUCAGCUCCUCCCCGGCCAAGGAGCUUGCAUUACUGAUCGACCUCUUUUGUAGGUUCUUUUUAUUCCCUACUACAGAUUCACAGUAGAGAGUUCUCAGUUUGGGCUUUUUUUGUGUGUAAAUCAUCUGUUGGGGUACAGAAGGUCUUUGUUGACACUGCAGGCAAAAAGUCAAGGCAUGUCUCAGGCGGUGCAGUAGAUCUUCCAAAGCAUCUGCUGUAAGAUUCAUUCAGCAUGAGGAAACACUGAUUGCAUUUAAACCUACCUCAGUAAUUACUAGAGAUCAUUGCUGGGAAAUUAAUACUUUUUUUUCAUUGUCCUUACAUAAUUCCCUUUUUGACCUGUUGGAGGCAUGUUGAAAAGCCUUCGUACACGCGUAGAUGGCACAACCUCAAGGGCAGGAAUAGGGCAACAACCCGCGGUGCAAACAGCAGAAACGGAGCUGCACUACAAUUACUCAUUUUAAUUGUAGCUGAUGACACAACAGCAAAAACCGUGUGCUCUCCGAAAUCAAACGCUGCCCUGCGAGUCACCAUGUCUUAGAAAUACGUUUACCGUAAAUUGUCUUUCUUGCUUCCACCAGACUUUUGCUCCAAAGGAGAAGCACAAACCAAACCCAACGUGGAAUAACAAAGCAUAGCAACAACUCCACACCUCUCUUUAUUGUAAAUCCAGAGAAGGAGGUUGCUGCACCAACCGCCCUGGGGCAGAGCACACUCUGCUUUGCCCUUUGCUCAGCAAACAGCCCCGGGAGCUGUUUCACCUAGAUCACCUAGAUCUAGCUGUUUCAUGCUAGAUCACCUCUUUCAAAGCAGAUGGGUAUGAAAAGUCUUUGAGUGACUUAAACUGGAGGAACCACAGUUCCCUGUAAGCCACAAAGGUGGAUCCCUGUUUUAGUUUCAAAUUCAUCUUCUAAAUAACUUGCUGCUUCAAAGGGUUGGUAGUUUUGGGAAUCUGAAUCUGCAAAGGGAGCCGGACAGCUGAGUUUUCCUAAACGCUAUAACUGAACUAAAUAAUCUCAAAUGUUUGUGUUGAUCUUCUCAGCUCCAUUUCCAGUACCUUUUUUUUUUUUUUUUUUUUUGAAGUUGUAUGCAUUGAAUUGUGUAGAGUCAGGGAGGGGAAUGAUGAUGGAGGUUUGAAAUAUAUCCUGCUUGAAAUUUUGUUAAUUGGUGAGAUUUAGUCUCCAUGUUGUUUCCACAUGAGAAUACCUGAGCUGUUCCUUGCUCAUGUAUACUGCAUGUGAGGGACAAACUCCAGUCACCCCAGACAUGAUUAAAAUGUAAUUCUCAAAUUCUGGCUGGGAUUUUUGCCCUCCCUACCCCUGUAAUCCCACACCCUUUUAUCUUCAACACCUGAAUUAGCAUGCUGCUCUCUAUUUCUGCAAAGCAUUCCUUCCCAGGAUUUCAGAGCCGUUUGCCAAUGAUCCUUUCAGGUUUCAUGUUUAAGAUUGCUGCGGCCCUGAUGCAGUUCCCCAGCUGGGGCACUCGUGGGGGUUCAGCUCCCAGAUCAUCAAACCUUGAGGGCUCUGAAGUGUGUCUGAGUUUGGAUGCAGCUCAGCUGCCGUUUCUAGCGAGGGUACCUAGGCAUGUUUUUGGGGUGCUUUCCUAUCUGGCACCCCCAGCUAACUGCCGAGAGCUUGGGUUUCUGGGACUGGUGCCAAUCUUUAAAUUCCCCCGGAGCUGAAUCCCCCGCCCAGGAUGGCAGUUCUGCAGUUACUGAAACACUCCGGUUGCUUUGGGCUUCAGCUGACCUCACGUACCUGUAGCUGAACACGCGUUCCUCGUGACUUAACAGCAGCGCUUUGUCCCUCCCCAGCAGCCGCGUGCUGCUGCCAGCCUGGCCCUCUCUUUGGAGCAGGCGGAGAAGUUGUACAUAGCCCGUUUUCUCCAGCUUGUCCCCGGGGCAGGUUAAUGUAUCUCCACCCUACACAUAUUGUGACUGAAGCCCCAAAAUACUGCUUUGUAAGAUGGCAAUAUCAAAGCUUGCCGUAAAAUCCACGGCUUCUUAUUCCCAGGAUUCCCAGGGAACUGAAUCUCCUGCUUUAUCCCGUUGCCAACGCAUUGGUCCCUUGGCAGGAAGCAACGUGGCACAGUGUGCUUUGCUCCAACGCCUUUCCGUCCUGCCCGGGUGAAGCAGGAGGUGGCUGGGGGCAUCUGGGCAAUACAGACAUUGGCCCGAUUGCCGCUGGCAACAGAUGCCCCCGAGUUUGUGACGUUCCUUCUUCAUCCCUUCGUAGCCGUCGUCGUUCAGUGAAACACCGCAUGUCAGCGAUGCGGCCGUGUUGCAUGGAAAAGGCUGGCUCGGGACCACGUGCAGCCGCUCUCCCAUUGGAUUGGUAGCGCUCGUCUUUUUAAAGCUUAAAACAAUCCAACAGCAGCAAAAAGCCUCUUUUAGUUGUAAAUUUCUUUGCCUGCUCUAAAGUGCUCGCCCUUUCCGUAGUGCUUAGACCUCAGUUUUGCUGCGGAAGCUGUAGAUAGGAGCUGUACCCGGGGUUGGGGGUAAGCGCAGGGCUGAAAUCCAGCCACAGCCAAACCGAACGUGGCGGCCGAGUCAUUCCAGCAAGGAGGGGAGAGAAGACCCCUCGGAAGGGGCACAGGGAGACCACAGGAGCCAGACGAGCUGGGACCAGCCCUUAGAGCAGUUCCCACCCUUCCAGGGGAGCCAUCCCCAGCUCCAGGGGCUGAGGACCCCUAAAAACCGACGGCAGUGGGGAGCGGGCAGCCCCAGCUCUAGGGUGAAACCAGGGAGCAGAGCGGAGCGGCCCCCCGGGAGACAUCCCAAGGUUCACCUUGAACAGCAAAACGUUGCCUUGAAUGUGAAAUCCCACUCCUGUCCCAACGUGCUUCUUUUCUAAUGGGAUCGGGAUUUAUUUUCACCUGAGGCAGGAUGUUGUACGCGGUUCUUGCCUGUCACGAGCGGCUGUCGGGUGCACGUGCUGGGGAACUCGGGGCAUGUAACGGCAUUGCCGCCUCUUACAGUGCUUCCCCUUGACACGCUGGCGUUCCUGUUGUGGUUUCCUCCGUUCCUGACCAGGAGAGGAAGAAGCUUUCGUGUUCGUGAGACCUGUACACAGAGGGUGCACGUGGCCGUUAGCAUGGGGUAGUGCCCGACUGUAGCUGACUUGACUUGCACUCGGCUCUUGGUAGACUUGUUUACAGUAGUCCAGUGUUGGUUUUGUAACAUUUAAUUUUUAGCACUUUAACUGUGAGUUGUACAAACAUUAUAUUGUAGUAGGUGUACAUUUUCAUUUUAGACCUUUAAAAGUUUUUAAUAAAAUGAUGG